UAAGGUAGUAACAUACUAACAUCAUCCCAGUGUGCCUCUUCGUAUCGAAGUCUUUUCAUAUAAGGCUCAAUCUCUUCCAUUAAAGACUGCUCCUCAUUGAUGGAAAUAAAAUUUGGUAUAAUUUGCAUUGUAUUAUGCAGCUGUUCUCUCCAAUUUUCUAAAUUUUGAUCAUGUUCGUUACUUAAGUUAGUUGUUCGUGAAUAAUACCUAAAAUUAUAUGAGCUUGGAGCUUUAAUGAAAAGGCUGGUCAACACGUGAAUCCGGAGUUUCAUGUUGGUUCCACUAUCUUUUGUCCAGGAGAGGUUAUGUACACUGCAAGAAGUACCAACCAAAGAUAAAUAAGUACUAUAAAUACUUAUAAGGAACUAAGAUGAAUGGAUACGGUCCUAACGUGGUGAUUACUUUUAGGUCUUAAGAACAAAAUUGUAAAAAUCAUGUCUUUUAUUAACAAAAUCCGGUAUACGUAUCGUUAUAAAGAAUAUGUUUGGAAACUGGUUGGCGUAAGGCUUUAUCGUCCAGAGACAUUCUUUCAUUAGAAAACUUGAUUACUCGAACGUGUAAAUUGCACAUUAAACCUAUGAAUUCGAAUUACGAAUGGUAAUCUAUGGAACUGCUAUGUACAAUUUGAACCAUGAUUUCGACAGCGGUUAAAGAUGCAUUAGCUACAACAGCCUCAAUUUGCACGGCUUUACAAUUUUUAGCCGGCGUGCUGGUGUGUAAAAAGAUCAUGAAAAAUGGGUCAACAGGAAAUAGCUCAGCCUUGGCAUUUAUAACAUGUUACACAUCAUGUGUCUUAUGGAUGAGAUACGGUAUGCUUAUCGAAGAUCAAUUUAUAUUGUUAGUAAAUAUUUUUGGAGCGGUACUUCAAGCAUCAUACGUUUAUGUGUACAUUUUAUACAGUGUAAAAAGAUUUAAAAUUAUAAAAGAGAUGAUAAUAGCAACUUGUUUUCUCGCGGCUGUAUACUUUUAUAGCUUUUACGAAGAAGACAAGUUACUGGCUGCGAAAUAUGUUGGUUUUCUGAGUUGUACGGUAACAGUGUUAUUUUUUGCAUCACCUUUAAUGAUGAUGGCACAUGUAAUAAAGGUAAAAAGUACAGAAAGUUUACCCUUUCCCAUUAUAAUGGCUUCAUUAGUAGUUUCCUCUCAGUGGUUCACGUAUGGUUGCCUUCUUAAUGAUCGUUUUAUUCAAAUACCAAACUUUCUAGGCUGCGUGUUAUCUGCAUUUCAACUUUGUUUCUUUGUAAUCUACAAGAAUAAUCAAAUCACAGAAGCACACUUAAUAUAAUAUAUUCUCUGUAACAUCUUCGACGAUAUAUCCAACACGAAUGUAAUAUGAUUUGUACUCUAAUAGAAAA